UACUCCCAGAAUUCAUGUUAGUUCUGCUUCAGUGGCACCCAACCUCUAAUUCCAACCCCUCCUCGUUUAUCCGGAGAGCAGCGUCCCGAAACAGCUCGCAUUCCGCCGCCAGCUGCUGUUGCAGCGGGAGAUGGGUGAGAAGAGGAGCAUGCAGAAGGAUGCCAGAUGGAGAGCAGGGAGGAGCUGCGAAUAACCCUCGGUGAAGGAUGGCAGAAGGGGGAGAGGGAGAGGAGGAGAUUCAGUUCCUGCGAACGGAUGACCAGGUGGUUCUGCAGUGCACUGCGUCCGUCCUGAAGGAGCAGAUUAAACUAUGCCUGUCCUGCGAGGGCUUCGGGAACCGUCUCUGCUUCCUGGAAACCACAUCAAACGCUCAGAAUGUGCCCCCGGACCUGGCCAUAUGUACCUUUAUUCUGGAGCAGUCCCUGUCAGUACGUGCUCUGCAGGAGAUGUUGGCCAACACGGUGGAUUUGACCGAGGCAGUCGAUUUGGACAAAUGGUCGUCACAAGGUGGAGGUCAUCGUACCCUGCUGUACGGUCAUGCCAUCCUCCUGAGACACCACCACUCAGGCAUGUACCUGAGCUGUUUGACAACAUCCAGGUCUCUCACUGACAAGCUGGCCUUUGACGUGGGCUUACAAGAGGAUUCAACUGGUGAGGCCUGUUGGUGGACAAUUCAUCCAGCCUCAAAGCAGAGAUCAGAAGGUGAAAAGGUUAGGGUGGGUGACGAUCUCAUCCUGGUCAGCGUAUCCUCUGAGAGAUACCUGCAUCUGUCCUAUGCCAGUGGAGACCUUAUGGUGGAUGCCUCCUUCAUGCAGACUCUGUGGAACAUGAACCCCAUUAGUUCUGGAUGUGAACUGGCUGAGGGGUAUCUGACGGGAGGACACGUUCUCAGGCUUUUCCACGGCCACAUGGACGAGUGCCUGGCCAUCGCCACGCCAGAGGAAGGAGAGGAAAAACGCAGGAUGGCUCAUUAUGAAGGUGGUGCUGUGUGCAGCCAGGCUCGAUCCCUGUGGAGACUGGAGCCUCUGAGGAUCAGCUGGAGCGGGAGCCACAUGAAGUGGGGUCAGUCGUUCCGUAUCCGUCACAUCACCACAGGCCGGUACCUGUGUCUGGACGAGGAGAAGGGUCUGCUGGUGGUUGACCCAGAGAAGGCCAACACCAAACUCUCUGCCUUCUGUUUCCGUGUCUCAAAGGAGAAGGUGGAGGUGGCUCAGAAGCGUGAUGUUGAGGGAAUGGGCAUUCCAGAGAUAAAGUAUGGAGAGUCUAUGUGCUUCGUCCAACAUGUGUCCACAGGUCUGUGGCUCACAUAUGCCUCCCUGGAUGCAAAAGCUGCUCGUCUGGGAAUGAUGAAGAGAAAGGUUAUUCUGCACCAGGAGGGUCAUAUGGACGAUGCUCUGACUGUGUCCCGCUCCCAGACGGAGGAGUCGCAGGCUGCUCGUAUGAUUUACAGCACCACGGGCCUCUUCAGGCAGUUCAUCAAGGGCCUGGAUUCUCUGAGUGGGAAGAGCAAGUCUCCAGGGUCGGUGUCUCUUCCUCUGGAGGGCGUCAUCCUCUCUCUUCAGGAUCUCAUCUUCUACUUCCGACCUCCCGAGGAGGAAUUGGAACACGAGGAGAAACAGACCAAGCUCCGCUCCCUCCGCAACCGUCAGAAUCUCUUCCAAGAGGAGGGAAUGAUUACCAUCGUGCUGGAGUGCAUCGACCGCCUGAACGUGUACAACACUGCUGCCCACUUCUCUGAAUUUGCUGGGGAGGAAGCUGCAGAAUCCUGGAAGGAGAUCGUCAACCUUCUUUAUGAGCUGCUCGCUUCUCUAAUCAGGGGGAACCGCUCUAAUUGUGCGCUGUUCUGUGACAACCUGGACUGGCUGGUCAGCAAGUUGGACCGUCUGGAGGCCUCCUCAGGUAUUCUUGAGGUGCUGUACUGUGUACUGAUUGAAAGCCCUGAGGUUUUGAACAUCAUUCAGGAGAAUCACAUUAAAUCCAUCAUCUCUCUUCUGGACAAACAUGGAAGGAACCACAAGGUCCUAGAUGUCUUGCGCUCUCUAUGUGUGUGUAAUGGUGUUGCUGUGAGGUCCAAUCAGAACCUCAUCACUGAAAACCUGCUCCCGGGUCGUGACCUCCUGCUGCAGACCAACAUCGUCAACUAUGUGACCAGUGUGAGGCCCAACAUCUUCCUGGGUACAUGUGAGGGUUCUACGCAGUAUAAGAAGUGGUACUACGAGAUGAUGGUGGACUACGUGGAGCCCUUCGUCACGGCUCAGGCUACCCAUCUGCGAGUGGGCUGGGCCAUGACUGAAGGCUACAGCCCCUACCCUGGAGGAGGAGAGGGCUGGGGCGGCAACGGUGUGGGAGAUGACCUCUACUCCUACGGCUUUGACGGACUGCAUCUGUGGUCAGGUACCGUUCCCCGUCAGGUCGCUUCUCCCAGUGCACACACUCUGGCUGCUGAUGACGUUGUCAGCUGCUGUCUGGAUCUGAGCGUGCCCAGUAUUUCCUUCCGUAUCAAUGGCCACCCAGUUCAGGGCAUGUUUGAAAACUUCAACGUGGACGGCCUCUUUUUCCCUGUCAUCAGUUUCUCUGCUGGUGUCAAAGCUCGGUUUCUCCUCGGUGGUCGUCAUGGAGAUUUCAAAUUCAUGCCCCCGCCUGGCUAUGCCCCAUGCUAUGAAGCUCUGCUGCCCAGGGAGAGGAUGCGUAUUGAGCCCAUAAAGGAGUACAAGCACGACUUCAAUGGUGUCCGCAACCUGCUGGGUCCGACCCUGUCCCUGACCCACACCUCCUUCACCCCCUGCCCCGUGGACACUGUUCAGAUUGUGUUACCACCCCACUUGGAGCGUAUUCGAGAGAAGCUGGCAGAGAACAUUCAUGAGCUCUGGGCCGUCACCAGAAUCGAGCAGGGCUGGACCUACGGGAGUUUUAGGGACGACAACAAGAAACUCCACCCCUGUCUGGUGGACUUCCAAAGUCUCCCUGAACCUGAGAGGAACUACAACCUGCAGAUGUCUGGAGAGACUCUAAAGACUCUCCUGGCUCUGGGCUGCCACGUUGGUAUGGGAGAUGAGAAAGCUGAAGAGAAUCUCAAGAAGAUUAAGCUACCCAAGACUUAUGUGAUGUCCAAUGGGUAUAAGCCUGCCCCCCUUGACCUCAAUCAUGUCAAACUGACACCCAACCAAAACCAGCUGGUGGAAAAACUGGCAGAAAAUGGGCAUAAUGUGUGGGCAAGGGAUCGGGUACGACAAGGAUGGACCUACAGUAUCGUGCAGGACAUCCUAAAUAAGCGAAACCCUCGUCUGGUGCCUUACAACUUACUGGAUGAGAGAACUAAGAAAACCAACCGAGACAGUGUUAACAACGCUGUCCGAACCCUCAUUGGCUACGGCUACAACAUUGAGCCUCCAGAUCAGGAGAGCAGUGGCCACGGCCUUGAGAACACCCGUGGGGACAAGGUACGGAUCUUCAGGGCAGAGAAGUCGUACGGUGUUACCCAGGGAAAGUGGUAUUUUGAGUUUGAGGCAGUGACCACCGGUGAGAUGAGAGUGGGAUGGGCCCGUCCUAAUGUCCGCUCUGACACUGAACUGGGAGCAGAUGAACUGGCCUACGUCUUCAACGGCAACAAGGCUCAAAGGUGGCACAUUGGCAAUGAACCAUUUGGUCGCCAGUGGCAGUCUGGCGAUGUGGUUGGGUGCAUGAUUGACCUGACUGAGAUGAACAUCAUGUUCACGCUCAACGGAGAGAUGCUGAUCAGUGACUCAGGCUCUGAGAUGGCUUUCAAAGAUAUCGAAAUAGGGGAAGGUUUCAUCCCAGUGUGUGCCUUGGGCCUGUCUCAGGUUGGAAGGAUCAAUCUCGGCCAGAAUGUCAGCAGCCUGCGAUACUUCGCCAUCUGUGGUCUGCAGGAAGGAUUUGAACCAUUUGCCAUCAACAUGAAGAGAGACACCACCAUGUGGUUCAGUAAAAGUCUUCCCCAGUUUGUUCCUGUACCAACAGAUCAUAAUCAUAUUGAGGUGUCUCGUGUGGACGGCACUGUGGACAGCGCCCCCUGUCUGAAGCUGACCCACAAGACAUUCGGCUCACAGAAUGCCAACACCGAUAUGCUGUUCCUCAGACUCAGCAUGCCCGUCCAGUUCCACGAAACCUUCAAGAUCCCAGCAGGCACCACCCUGCUCACCCGACCCCUGUCCAUACCGGAGGAGGAGGUGGUCGUGGUGGAACCUGACUCGGAGUUUGAAGUUCUGAAAAAGUCUGCCAGUCGUAAGGAGCAGGAGGAGGACAAGAAGGAGCCCUCGGUACCUAAAGAGGUCUCUGUGGAGAACGAGAAGGAUACCAUGUCAGAAAAGGGAAAGAAAAAAGGAUUCUUCUCCAAGGCCAAGAAAGCUGCCAUGACGCCUUUAGCCCCUCCCCCUGCCCCUCCCACGGUGCCACGUUUGGUGGAAGACGUGGUCCCUGAUGACAGAGAUGACCCUGAGAUCAUCCUCAGCACCACCACUUAUUAUUACUCUGUGAGGAUUUUUGCUGGUCAGGAGCCCACUCAGGUGUGGAUUGGCUGGGUUACCCCUGAUUACCACCAGUAUGAUCCAACCUUUGAUCUCACCAAAGUACGCAAUGUCACUGUUACUGUUGGAGAUGACAGAGGCAAUAUACACGACAGUAUGAAGCACAGUAACUGUUACAUGGUGUGGGGAGGCGACCUGGUCAGCACGCAGCAGACCCGGUUCAGUCAGGAGGACAUGGUGGUCGGCUGCCUGGUCGACCUGGCAACAGGACUCAUGACCUUUACAGCAAACGGCAAAGAGAUUAACACCUUUUACUCGGUGGAGCCCAACACCAAGCUGUUUCCUGCUGUCUUUGUUCAGCCCUCCAAUCAGAACUUGGUGCAGCUGGAACUGGGCAAACUGAAGAACAUCAUGCCCAUCUCUGCUGCCAUGUUCCGCAGUGAGCGUAAGAACCCGGUUCCUCAGUGCCCUCCCAGGUUGGACGUCCAGAUGCUGACCCCGGUUAUAUGGAGCCGUAUGCCCAAUCACUUCCUUAACCCAGAGGUGGGCAGAGUGAGCGAGAGGCUGGGCUGGAUGGUGGAAUGUACCGAACCUCUCAUCAUGAUGGCGCUGCACAUCCCAGAGGAGAACAGAUGCAUUGACAUUUUGGAGCUGUCAGAGCGUCAGGAUCUGAUGAAGUUCCACUACCACACCCUCAUGCUUUAUUGCGCUGUCUGUGCGCUCGGUAACAACAGAGUGGCUCACGCCCUUUGCAGCCACGUUGAUGAAGCCCAGCUUUUCUAUGCGACCGAGAACACCUACCUGCCCGGACCGCUCCGCAGUGGCUACUACGACCUGCUGAUCAGCAUUCACCUGGAGUCGGCCAAACGGGCACGACUGGGGACAAACCGGGAGUUUAUCGUCCCCAUGACGGAAGACACUCUGAGCAUCCACCUCUAUCCUGAUGCAAAGAAAGCCCAUUCUCUGCCCGGUGUGGGACUCACCACCUGCUUAAGGCCCAAGCUGCAUUUCUCUUCCAUCAACUUUGUCGGCACAGAUCCUGACCUGUACACCCUCAGCCCAAUCUUCCCUCUGCAGGAGCUGAAGACCAGGGCGAUCAGCAUGUUAACGGAGGCUGUGCUGGACGGUAGCCAGGCCAUGCGAGACCCGGUUGGAGGCAGCGUGGAGUUCCACUUUGUUCCCAUCCUGAAGCUGAUCAGUACACUGCUCAUCAUGGGUAUCUUCAAUGACGAAGACACGAAGCACAUCCUCAAGAUGAUCGACCCCAACGUUUUUAGCGGAAAGGAAGAGGAGGAGGAGACAGCUGAGGAGGGAGAAGCUGCCGAAGGAGAGGGCGAGGAGGCGAAGGACGAGGAGGCAGAGGAGGACGCCGAGGCUGAGCUUGAAGACGAAGGAGUUGGCGAAGAAGAAGAGGAGGAGCCAAAAGAGGAGGAGAAGGAGGAGGAGCCUAAGGAGGAAGGAGCGGAGGAGGAGAAGGAGGAGGGAGAGGCCAAAGGAGAAAAGGUGGAUGGAGAAAAGGCAGAGGAGGAGAAGGAGGAGGAGGCAGUGGAGGCAGGAGCGAAAGAGGAGGAGGAGGGUCUGGAAGAGGGGUUACUCCAGAUGAAGCUUCCAGAGUCUGUUAAACUGCAGAUGUGCACACUUCUUCAGUACUUCUGCGACUGCGAGCUGCGACACCGUGUGGAAGCCAUUGUUGCCUAUUCAGACCAAUUUGUCCAUGACAUUCAGGACAACCAACGGAUUCGUUACAAUCAGUUGAUGAGAGCCUUCACCAUGUCAGCUGCUGAGACCGCACGCAAGACUCGCGAGUUCCGUUCGCCACCACAAGACCAGGUUCUUUUGUUGACUAACUUUAAGCAAUGUCCAGAUGAUGAGGACUGUCCAGUGCCUGAGGAGGUGCGGGAUACUCUGGGAGAGUUCCAUAAUGACCUCCUGCUUCACUGUGGUAUCCAUAUUGAGGAGGAGGCAGAGGAGGAGGAGGUGGACACCUCGCUGAGGGGCAGACUCCUCAGUCUGGUGGACAAGGUCAAGAAUUUCCGCAAGAAGGAAGAAGAAGAGAAGCCAGAGGUUGAGGAGGAACCGAAGCCCAGUACCCUGCAGGAGCUCAUCUCCCACACCAUGAUCCACUGGGCCCAGGAGUCCUUCAUUCAGAACCCUGAGCUGGUGCGUCUCAUGUUCAGCCUGCUUCACCGGCAGUACGACGGACUCGGCGAGCUGAUCCGAGCUCUGCCCAAAGCCUACGCCAUCAACGCCGUGUCUGUUCAGGACACCAUGGACCUGCUGGAGUGUCUGGGACAGAUCCGAUCACUGCUCAUUGUCCAGAUGGGUCCAGAAGAAGAACGGCUCAUGAUCCAGAGCAUCGGGAAUAUUAUGAACAACAAAGUUUUCUACCAACAUCCCAACUUGAUGAGAGCUCUGGGUAUGCAUGAGACUGUCAUGGAGGUGAUGGUCAAUGUGUUGGGUGGAGGAGGCGACUCAAAGGAGAUUCGUUUCCCCCAAAUGGUGACCAACUGCUGUCGUUUCCUAUGUUACUUCUGUCGUAUCAGCCGACAGAACCAGCGCUCUAUGUUUGACCAUCUGAGCUACCUGCUGCAGAACAGUGGCAUCGGCUUGGGUAUGCGUGGCUCCACCCCUCUGGAUGUGGCUGCGGCUUCCUGCAUCGACAACAAUGAACUGGCCUUGGCUCUGCAAGAGCAGGACCUGGAAAUGGUAGUCACAUACCUGGCGGGCUGUGGGCUCCAGAUGUGUCCGAUGCUGCUGUCGAAGGGUUACCCCGACAUUGGCUGGAACCCCUGUGGAGGAGAGAGAUACCUGGAUUUCCUCCGCUUUGCCGUCUUUGUUAACGGAGAGAGCGUGGAGGAGAACGCCAACGUCGUGGUGCGUCUGCUUAUCCGUCGGCCUGAGUGCUUUGGCCCCGCCCUCAGAGGAGAGGGUGGCAAUGGUUUGCUGGCUGCCAUGGAGGACGCAAUAAAGAUCUCAGAGGAUCCAGCAAGGGACGGACCCACUGUUAAAAAGGACAGACGGUUCAUGUUUGGUGGUGAGGAGCAGCACGAGGAGAACCGUGUGCAUCUGGGAAAUGCCAUCAUGUCUUUCUACUCAGCCCUCAUCGAUCUGCUCGGUCGCUGUGCUCCUGAGAUGCAUCUGAUCCAAGCAGGUAAAGGUGAGGCUCUGAGGAUCAGGGCCAUCCUGAGGUCUCUGGUGCCCAUAGAGGACCUGGUGGGAGUCAUCAGCCUGCCGGUACAGAUUCCUGCCUACGGCAAAGAGAGUCAGAUCAUUGAGCCCAAGAUGUCCGCCAGUUUUGUGCCAGACCACAAGGCAUCCAUGGUUCUGUUCCUUGACAGAGUCUAUGGCAUUGAUAAUCAAGACUUCCUGCUUCAUGUGCUGGAGGUCGGCUUCCUGCCUGACAUGAGAGCUGCAGCUUCUUUGGACACGGUUGCGUUCAGUACAACUGAAAUGGCCCUGGCUCUAAACCGCUACCUUUGCUCAGCCGUUCUGCCUCUGCUCACAAAGUGUGCCCCGCUGUUUGCUGGGACGGACCAUCGGGCCAUCAUGAUCGACUCCAUGCUCCACACCAUCUACCGUCUGUCCCGUGGCCGAGCCCUGACCAAGGCUCAGAGGGACGUCAUCGAGGAGUGUCUCAUGUCCCUCUGCAAGUAUCUUCGACCCUCAAUGUUGCAGCAUCUGCUCAGAAGGCUUGUAUUUGAUGUGCCAAUCCUCAAUGAAUAUGCAAAGAUGCCUCUCAAGCUGUUGACCAAUCACUAUGAGCGCUGCUGGAAGUAUUACUGCUUGCCUAAUGGAUGGGCUAACUUUGGGGUGACCUCAGAGGAGGAGCUGCAUCUUUCUCGUAAACUCUUUUGGGGAAUCUUUGAGUCUUUGGCACACAAGAAAUUUGAUGCGGAGCUCUUCAAGAUCGCCAUGCCCUGCCUGUGUGCUAUAGCAGGAGCCAUCCCUCCUGACUACGUGGACGCCACCUACUCAUCUCACACUGAGAAGAAAGCCUCUGUGGAUGCUGAAGGCAACUUCGAUCCAAAACCAGUGGAGACCACCAACACCAUCAUCCCAGAGAGGCUGGAUGGCUUCAUCAACAAGUACGCAGAGCACACUCAUGACAAAUGGGCCUUUGAAAAGAUCCAGAACAACUGGACGUACGGAGAGGUGUUAGAUGAAAACGCCAAGACUCACCCAAUGCUCCGGCCUUAUAAAACCUUCUCUGAAAAGGACAAGGAGAUUUAUCGCUGGCCCAUAAAGGAGUCCAUCAAAGCCAUGUUGGCGUGGGAGUGGACUUUGGAGAAAGCCAGAGAUGGGGAAGGAGAGGUCGAGAAGAAAGCCGCCACACGCAAGAUCUCCCAAACUGCUCAGGCCACUUAUGAUCCCAGUCAUGGAUACAACCCUCAGCCAGUAGAUAUCGCAGGAAUGGCCCUGUCCAGAGAACUGCAGUCUAUGGCUGAGCAGCUGGCUGAGAACUAUCACAACACCUGGGGCAGGAAGAAGAAGUUGGAACUACAGGCAAAAGGUGGUGGUACCCAUCCUUUGCUCGUGCCUUAUGACACCCUGACUGCCAAGGAGAAAGCCAGAGACAGGGAGAAGGCCCAGGAUCUACUCAAGUUCCUCCAACUCAAUGGAUACGCCGUCACAAGGGGUUUGAAGGAUAUGGAGCAGGACAUUUCAUCCAUUGAGAAGCGUUUUGCCUAUGGCUUCCUCCAGAAGCUUCUUAAAUGGAUGGACAUCGCUCAGGAGUUCAUCGCUCAUCUCGAGGCUGUGGUUAGCAGUGGCAGGGUGGAGAAAUCACCACAUGAACAAGAGAUCAAAUUCUUUGCCAAGAUUCUCUUGCCACUAGUAAACCAGUACUUCAAAAACCACUGCCUCUACUUCCUGUCCACUCCUGCUAAAGUCCUGGGCAGCGGAGGGCAUUCCUCCAAUAAGGAAAAGGAGAUGAUUGCAAGUAUCUUCUGUAAGUUGGCUGCUUUGGUGAGGCACAGAGUAUCUCUUUUUGGAACUGAUGCAGGUGCAGUGGUGAACUGUCUGCACAUCCUGUCACGUUCACUUGACGCCAGGACUGUGAUGAAGUCGGGCCCUGAGAUCGUAAAGGCUGGUCUGCGUCAGUUCUUUGAGAGCGCUGCCGACGACAUUGAGAAGAUGGUUGAGAAUCUAAAACUGGGCAAAGUGUCCAGUCGAAACCAGGUCAAAGGUGUGGCCCAGAACAUCAACUACACCACCACGGCUCUGCUGCCGGUUCUCACAUCACUGUUCGACCAUAUCGCCCAGCACCAGUUUGGAGACGACGUCAUGAUGGACGACUUGCAGAUAUCCUGCUACCGUAUCAUGUGCAGUAUCUACUCUUUGGGCACUGUGAAGACCCCACAUGCAGAAAAACAGCGACCGGCCCUCGGAGAGUGUUUGGCCCACUUAGCGGCUGCCAUGCCCGUCGCCUUCCUUGAGCCAGUAUUGAAUGAGUUCAACGCAUUUUCUGUUUACACCACCAAGACUCCCAGGGAGAGAUCCAUUCUGGGUCUUCCAAACCAAGUGGAGGAGCUCUGCCCUGACAUCCCAGAGCUGGAGAUUCUCAUGAAGGAGAUCCAUGACCUGGCUGACUCUGGGGCCCGAUACACAGAGAUGCCCCAUGUGAUUGAGAUCACCCUGCCCAUGCUGUGUAACUACCUCCCACGCUGGUGGGAGAGGGGUCCAGAGAAUUUCCCUGAGCAAGAAGGCCAGCUCUGCACCGCUGUCACCUCCGAGCACCUCAACCAGCUCCUGGGUAGCAUCAUGAAGAUCGUGGUUAACAACCUGGGUAUAGAUGAGGCCUCUUGGAUGAAGAGAUUGGCAGUGUUCGCCCAGCCCAUUGUGAGCAGGGCAAAACCAGAGAUGCUUAAAUCCCACUUCAUUCCGACCAUGGAGAAGCUGAAGAAGCGCUCAGGGAAGGUAGUGGCAGAAGAAGAUCAGCUCCGCAUGGAGGGCAAGACAGAGGUGGACAGUGAAAACGGGACGAUCCGAGAUGAAUUUGCUGUGCUGUGUCGAGACUUGUACGCUCUCUACCCCCUGCUCAUCCGCUAUGUGGACAAUAACAGGGCGAGAUGGCUGACGUGUCCAGACCCAGAUGCAGAGGAGCUCUUCAGGAUGGUGGGAGAGGUCUUCAUCUUCUGGUCCAAGUCCCAUAACUUCAAGAGGGAGGAGCAGAACUUUGUGGUGAUGAAUGAGAUCAACAACAUGUCCUUCCUGACUGCCGACAGUAAGAGCAAGAUGAGCAAGGCCGGCGGAGAUGGAGAGUCUGGAGGCUCAGAACAGGAGCGAACCAAGAAGAAGAGGCGUGGAGAUCGCUACUCGGUGCAGACGUCUCUAAUCGUAGCAGCAUUGAAGAAGAUGCUCCCCAUCGGUCUCAAUAUGUGCUCUCCUGCAGACCAGGAGCUCAUCAAUCUUGCCAAGAUCAGAUACUCACUGAAAGACACAGAUGAAGAGGUUAGGGAGUUCUUGCACAAUAACCUGCAUCUCCAAGGCAAGGUGGAGGACCCGGCUAUGCGCUGGCAGAUGGCUCUGUAUAAGGAAAUGUCCGGGAAGGCUGAGGAUGCCGAGGACCCUGAGAAAGUUGUUAAAAGGGUCCAAGAGGUGUCUGCUGUGCUUUACCACAUUGAAGUGACUGAGCAUCCCUUCAAGUCAAAGAAAAUGGUUUGGCACAAGCUGCUGUCCAAACAGCGGCGCAGGGCUGUUGUAGCCUGUUUCAGGAUGACGCCACUGUACAACAUCCCCACGCACCGGGCAACAAACAUGUUCUUGGAUGCAUACAAACGCAACUGGUUGGAGACCGAAGGAUACUCCUUUGAAGACAAGAUGAUCGAUGACUUAUCGAAAGCCAUGGAAGAAGAGGAGGAAGAGGAAGAGGAGACUGAGACGAAGCCCGACCCCCUUCACCAGCUGAUUCUCCAUUUCAGUCGCACUGCUCUCACAGAAAAGCUGAAACUUGACGUUGACCAUCUCUAUAUGUCUUAUGCUGAUAUUAUGGCAAAGAGCUGCCACAUUGGUGAGGAGGACGAAGGGGGAGAGCAAGAGGGGGAGGAGCCAUCCUUUGAGGUGCGGCAGACAGAGAUGGAAAAGGAGAUGGAGAAACAGAGGCUUCUGUACCAGCAGUCCCGUCUGCACAACCGAGGGGCUGCUGAGAUGGUGCUGCAGAUGAUCAGCGCCUGUAAAGGUGAACCAGGAGCCAUGGUUUCUUCUACACUCAAACUGGGAAUCUCCAUCCUCAACGGAGGCAACAGUGAUGUACAGCAGAGAAUGCUGGACUAUCUGAAGGAUAAAAAGGAUGUGGGAUUCUUCCUUAGCGUUCAGGCUCUGAUGCAGACCUGCAGUGUUUUGGACUUGAAUGCUUUUGAGAGGCAGAACAAGGCUGAAGGACUUGGGAUGGUUUCAGAAGAAGGCACAAAUAUGAAGCUAGAACGUGAUGAGAAAGUGAUGGCAGAUGAUGAGUUUACAUGUGACCUCUUCCGCUUCCUGCAGCUUCUUUGUGAAGGCCAUAAUAACGAUUUUCAGAACUAUCUGAGGACUCAGACUGGUAGCACCACGACCAUCAAUGUGAUCAUCUGCACCGUGGACUACCUGCUCCGACUACAGGAAUCCAUCAGUGACUUCUACUGGUACUACUCAGGAAAAGACAUCAUCGAUGAGCCCGGUAAAAGGAACUUCUCCAAAGCCAUGACUGUGGCCAAGCAGGUCUUCAACAGCUUGACAGAGUACAUCCAGGGUCCGUGCACUGGGAACCAACAGUCUCUGGCUCACAGCAGGUUGUGGGACGCCGUGGUCGGCUUUCUGCACGUCUUCGCUCAUAUGAUGAUGAAACUCGCUCAGAGUAAAAUGCACCCUGAUCCUGGACAGCGAAAUGGCGAUCAUUUCUGGAGUAGAACACACUCUGAGGAUUCAAGUCAGAUCGGAUUGCUGAAGGAACUUCUGGAUCUGCAGAAAGACAUGGUAGUGAUGCUUCUGUCACUGCUUGAAGGUAACGUGGUGAAUGGUACCAUUGCCAGACAGAUGGUUGACAUGUUGGUGGAGUCCUCCAGCAACGUGGAGAUGAUCCUGAAGUUCUUCGACAUGUUCCUCAAACUCAAGGACAUCGUGGCGUCCGACGCUUUCCGCGACUACGUGACCGACCCCCGUGGGCUGAUCUCCAAGAAGGACUUCUCCAAGGCCAUGGACAGCCAGAAGCAAUACUCACCUUCAGAAAUCCAGUUCCUCCUCUCUUGUUCCGAAGCUGACGAGAACGAGAUGAUCAACUUCGAGGAGUUUGCUGAUCGUUUCCAGGAGCCGGCCAAAGACAUCGGUUUCAACAUCGCCGUCCUUCUCACAAACCUCUCAGAGCACGUCCCCCACGACACUCGCCUCCAGAACUUCCUGGAGCAGGCAGAGAGCGUGCUCAACUACUUCCGCCCUUUCCUGGGUCGCAUUGAGAUCAUGGGAGCCAGCCGAAGGAUCGAGCGUAUUUACUUUGAAAUCAGCGAGGCAAAUCGCAACCAGUGGGAGAUGCCGCAGGUCAGAGAGUCCAAACGCCAGUUCAUCUUCGACGUGGUCAACGAGGGCGGCGAGAGUGAGAAGAUGGAGCUGUUUGUGAACUUCUGCGAGGACACCAUCUUUGAAAUGAACAUCGCUGCUUCUAUCUCCGAGCCUGAGGGUGAUGGUGUGGAAGAGGAGGAUGACGAAGAAGAGGAGGAGGGCGGAGGAGGCGAGGGAGAGGGUGGAGAAGGAGAAGAAGGCAACGGAGAAGGCGAGCCGGCAGAGUCGGCCUCAGCUUUUGCAGAGUUCCUGAAGAGCGUGGUCGACUUUUUCAACAUGUUCACCUUCCGUAACCUGCGCCGUCGUUAUCGGAAACUCAGGAAAAUGACGGUGAAGGAGAUGGUGAUCGGCCUGGUUACUUUCGUCUACACUAUUCUGAUGGGUAUCCUCAUGUUCGUCUACAGUAUCUGCAAGGGCUUCUUCACGCUCAUAUGGAAGGUGCUGUUCGGUGGAGGUUUAGUGGAGGGCGCCAAGAAGAUGACAGUCACUGAGAUCCUCGCCAGUAUGCCAGAUCCCACUCAGGAUGAAGUUCACGGGGAUCUGCCGCCUGAACCGGGAGCUCGAGAAGUCCAAGACGCAGAAGGAGCAGCAGAUCAUUUAGAUGCAGUAGAAGGAGAGGAGGGAGAGGAGGACGGAGAGGAGAGGGAAGGUGGACGCCUGCCUGGUUUCAAUACUCCAGGAGGACUGGGAGACUUUGGUGAGACGACAACUGAGGAACCUCCGACUCCAGAGGGAACACCGCUGCUGAAGAGGAAACUGCUGGCUGCUGCAGUGGGAGGACCAGGCGAAGGAGAGGAGGAAAAGGUGGAGGUGGAAGAAGAGGUGCCUCAAGAGACUGAGAAAGCAGACACUGAGAACGGAGAGAAGACCGAGAAACCUGAACCUGAACCAGAAGUGAAGGAGCCUGAGGAGCCCGAGGAGCCUGAGGAGGUGAAGGUGAAGACCAAGGCGAAGAAGGAGAAGAAACCCACCGGGGAGGGCUUUGAGCUGUGGAACGAGCUGGAGGUUCAGAGGAUUAAAUUCAUGAACUACCUUUCUCGUAACUUCUACAAUCUUCGGUUCUUGGCCCUGUUCAUCGCCUUCGCUCUCAAUUUCAUCCUGCUCUUCUACAAGGUGUCAGAGACUCCUCCAGGCGAGGAGGAGUUCGAGGGUUCUGGUCUUUUUGAGGGUUCUGGCCUGUUUGAAGGUUCUGGUGCUGAAGAAGAAGGGUCUGGAUUAGAGGAGGGAGGGGAGGAUGAGGAUGAAGAAGGACCCUUGUACUACUUCUUAGAAGAGAGUACGGGCUACAUGGAACCGGCUAUGGCUUUCCUCGGCAUCGUCCACACCAUCAUCUCCUUCCUGUGCAUCAUCGGCUACAACUGCCUCAAGGUACCUCUGGUUAUCUUCAAGCGAGAGAAGGAGCUGGCCAGAAAGCUGGAGUUCGACGGUGUCUAUGUUACUGAGCAGCCUGAAGACGACGACAUUAAAGGCCAAUGGGACCGACUAGUCCUGAACACACCCACUUUCCCCAACAACUACUGGGACAAGUUUGUCAAGAGGAAGGUUCUGGAUAAAUAUGGUGACAUCUACGGCAGAGAGAGGAUUGCAGAGCUGCUCGGUAUGGACUUGGCUUCUCUCGACGUCAGUGCCAUGACGCAUGAAAAGAAACCUGAACCCGAUACCUCCAUGUUCGCCUGGAUCACCUCUAUUGACAUCAAGUACCAGAUCUGGAAGUUUGGUGUUGUGUUCACAGACAACACUUUCCUCUACCUGGUUUGGUACAUGCUGAUGUCUCUGCUCGGACACUACAACAACUUCUUCUUCGCCUGUCACCUUCUGGACAUCGCCAUGGGAGUCAAAACCCUGCGCACCAUCCUGUCUUCAGUUACCCACAACGGCAAACAGCUGGUGAUGACGGUGGGUCUGCUGGCCGUAGUGGUGUACCUCUACACCGUAGUGGCCUUCAACUUCUUCCGCAAGUUCUACAACAAGAGUGAAGACGAGGACGAACCGGACAUGAAAUGCGACGACAUGAUGACUUGUUACCUCUUCCACAUGUAUGUUGGCGUUCGUGCUGGUGGUGGCAUUGGAGAUGAAAUCGAGGACCCGGCCGGCGAUGAAUAUGAGCUCUACCGCGUGGUCUUUGACAUCACCUUCUUCUUCUUCGUCAUUGUCAUUCUGCUGGCUAUCAUCCAGGGUCUGAUCAUUGACGCCUUCGGAGAGCUGAGAGACCAGCAGGAGCAGGUCCGAGAGGACAUGGAGACGAAGUGUUUCAUCUGUGGAAUAGGAAGUGACUACUUUGACACGACGCCGCAUGGCUUCGAGACGCACACCUUGGAAGAACACAACUUAGCCAACUACAUGUUCUUCCUAAUGUAUCUCAUCAAUAAAGACGAAACAGAACAUACAGGACAGGAGUCGUAUGUGUGGAAGAUGUACCAGGAGCGAUGCUGGGACUUCUUCCCGGCCGGUGACUGCUUCAGGAAGCAGUAUGAGGAUCAGCUCGGAUAA